AUGGCAGAAAAAAUGGCUAAAUACCGAACUGAAAUUCAACAGAUGAUGUACGUGUCUGGGGAGACAACCGAGGCAUCAGCGGAGACUACAGGCAUGAUUGAAGAAAUUGUCCGACAGCAGGUCAUAGAAAUGCUCCGGCAAUGCACUGAACAAGCCUCACGCCGAGGUUCUCGAUCUAUAUCAACAGAUGAUCUAAUCUUCCUGAUCAGACAUGAUCAGGCCAAGGUUUCACGACUUCGAACCUUCCUCUCCUGGAAAGAUGUGCGAAAAAAUGUGAAAGAUUCUGAUGACAAGGGAGGAGAUGCGGAUUUAGUUGCUGGUGAUGAGCCGGUUGGAGCAGUAGCUGGAGGUCCAGUGGUCGAUACAGCCAAAAAAAACAAAAAGGCUAAGGUUGGCCUACCGUGGGAAGUACCGUCCUUUUACAAUCAAGAAGUACCUGAACGCGAAGAUGAAGAAGAUGAAGAUGAAGAGGAAAUGAAUUACGCAACAUUACAACGUCUUAAAAAGGCCGACGAACGUACUAAAGUUAUGACCAAAGAAGAGUAUGUGACCUGGUCAGAAUAUAGACAAGCGUCUUUCACAUUUCGCAAGGGCAAGCGUUUUAAAGAGUGGGCAGGAUUCGGCGUGGUGACCGACUCUAAGCCUAACGAUGACAUUGUCGAUAUUCUAGGAUUCUUAACGUUCGAAAUCGUUCAAACUUUGACCGAAGAAGCUCUCAAAAUCAAGGAACAAGAAGAUUUGGUCAAAGAGAAGAUAGGUAGCGAACAGUCAGGUAAAAAGCGUAAGUUUCAAGGCUUAUUCGAGCCGCCAUCAGAAGGUCACACCACAGUUGAGCCACGACACAUCCAAGAAGCUUUCCGUCGCCUCCAACAUCGUCCAAACAAACAACGAGCAAUGUGUAAUUUUACGCGUGGUCUGAACCGCACGCCCCUAAAACUUGUAAGUUAUUUAAUACAGGAUAAAAAUUCUUAA